UUUGAUAGGGCAUUCAAAUAGCGUCUGUUGCUGGCUUGCCUCCUAUUAAGCAAAUGUCUUCAUUGAAGAGCCUUACAACAUUAAGUGUUCGCUUGUUAACAAAAAGGAAAUCCACAAUGAAAACUCUUACACAGGCAUACUAUGUGACUUUCUUCGUUCUAGCGUCCACUCAAAGUUGGAAAGGUGUUGCAGGAGCGGACGAUUUCCGGUACCUGACAGGCUACGCGGGCCUCGGUUUAUCCGGCAUUCAUCACCAGUUCACGGAGUACACACCCGACCUGAGCACCGUGCAGAUGGACAACACAAUCGAGAGCGCCUGUGGCACUGGAUUUUGGCUGUUCUAUGACGCCACGAACUACGCUAUGGAUUCCAUUUCCUGCUCGUGGCAUUUAGUGAACCACUGCGGCAAUUGGAGCACAUAUUGCCAGAAUAUGGUGUCGUCGCUCAGAUACGCCGGCAGUCCACACGGCCUCAACAACAACUAUUACAAUUUGUAUGAAGGCACGUCCUUCCGCGGCGAAGAGUUCAGAGGCGACGAGGACGCUGCGCAAUUGGGCGACUUGGAUCUGGCCGUCUCGUCUCUGAUAGUGACCGGCCAGGCCGCGUGGACCUUCUAUACAGGCCUUGACUUCACUGGCGCCACCGUCUGCGUGUACGCCGACGAGACAACCACCAACAGCGGCAUUGACCUCGACUUCGCUCGCAUCGAAAAUCUGAGCGAGCUCGGCCUGCCCGACAACUCCAUCAGGUCCGUGGCGCGCGGCUGCUUCAGCGAGCGCGUGGUGGGCGCUGCGCCGCGCAGUCACGCCGGCGAAGAACACGUCCAUGACGCCAACUGAACUGAGGUGCCGACUGUGCGUUGCAUCGAUAUAUACAUUCUUGCGAAUUACAGAUGAAUGUAUGCAAAUACUGCAUGAAGAAGAGUGGCGCAGUGUUCGUGCUCAUUGAGACAUCAUUUGUGCAAAGUUCUUGCUCCUUGCCCGUUUUUGCUUCAAGGUGGUUUAUAAUUUAUUGGACAAUUGCCUUCUAGCUUGCUUUUUAUAAUUUAUU